AGCAGCAGUUUUUGCAAAAAACCAAUUCGUAACUCUAUUUUCGCCAGCUUUUGCAAUUUUGCAACAAUCAAAGCCAUCAUCAUUCACUGAACAAAACCCUAAUCCUCAAACUCCGUUUCUCCAGCUGGUGGUGGUUAUUCCAUCACUACCUGUUUCCUUAUGGCUCUAUGAAUUUCUGGACGGACAGGUGAUUUUGUCUUAGUAUGGCAAAGCUUGUGGCAAAGAAGGAGCAUGAGUGGGUUGAGAGAGUGAGAUCAGAAGGUCCAGUUCCACAUCUUCAGCCCGGUAACUGUUCAUAUGGUUGGACUUCUCCUCCGGGAAACGUUUUCUUUGUUAGAGGACCGGAAUACCUGAAAACAAAGGUCAAGAUCCCUGGUGGAGAUUAUCUACUGAAGCCACUAGGUUUUGACUGGAUUAAAGGACCAACAAGGAUUUCAGAGCUGCUGAAUAAUCCAAAAAACCGUGUCAGGAGAGCUCUUGAGGAGGAAUGUUCAAAAGGUCAUAAACCUUUUGUUUGGGCUUUCAAUUUACAAGUCCCAAGUAAAGAUAAUUAUAGUGCUGUUGCCUACUUUGUGGCUACGGAACCUAGCCAGGAGGAUUCAUUGAUUAGUCGAUUCCUGAAAGGUGAUGAAGGAUUUAUGACUUCAAGAUUAAAAAUGAUAGCCAACAUUGCAAAAGGCCCUUGGAUUGUGAGAAAAGCAGUUGGCGAGCAGGCUAUCUGCAUUAUUGGCCGAUCACUUUCUAGCAAGUAUUGUAUAGGAGAAAACUUCAUAGAAGUUGAUAUAGAUAUUGGAUCUUCAAUGGUUGCAACUGCUGUUGUUCACCUAGCAUUUGGUUACUUGACAACACUUACUGUUGAUCUAGCUUUUCUUAUAGAGGGUCAAAGUGAGUCUGAGCUGCCAGAAAAAAUCUUAGGAGCUAUAAGAUUCUCUGAGCUUGAUGUUGCUUCAGCAAGGCAUAUUGAACUGACAUAUGAAGAUAGCAUGGGGAGUGUGCCCUCAUCUCUGCCUACAAGAUUUUGGAAGUCUAUUGGGCAGGGAAUCUCUAUUGUCCUUCCAAGUGCUCGAGAUAGUGGUUCGAACUUAAGUGCUUCAUAUGUGAACAGGGCUGUUGAUGAUAACAGGAGUAGUGGAGAUGUUAACAGGCAAUAGAUCUCCUAACUGCUACGUUAACAGCGGAUUUUACUGAUUAAAUAUCGCUGAAAUACUCUCCAAUUAGGUAAAAGUGUUUUAUCCAGUGCUUUAUGCAUCCAUCUGCUAUCUGGUCAUACUUUUCGUUUUAUCUAUUCCUUGCUGUGUAAUGGGAAGAAUCGACAUGGCCGUGUAAUUAUACGAUUCUUGUGUUCAUUAUUUUUCAUUUGUUGAUAUAAUAUUAUCAUUAUUUC